UGUUAGUGGUUAGAAUAGGAGAAAAGUUUAGUGCUAAAUAAAAUUAUUUUUUAGUGUUAGUUGUAACACAAAAUCAAAAUUUUACCGUUGGAGUUGGACUUGCCCUAAAACAAUACAAUAGAUUAGAUUGUGCUCUCUCUCUCCUCUGCAACUCUUCCAUCGAAGAACAAGAAAGAAGAAGAAGAAGAAGAAGUAGAAGACGAAGGAAAGGACUUACAAGAGGGAAAUUAACUUAUUUUUUUAAAGAAAGAUUUGAUUUUUAUUAUUUAUUGUUAUUUUUUUGGGUUGGGAAAUGGGGAAAUUACUAUGUGAUUCAGCGACCGUUGCGGACACAUUUGACCCAAAGUCAGCGCCGCCGCUACCGUCAGCGCCGCAGCUCGAAGCAGUAGAUCUGGUCGACCAGGCUGUUACUGCUAUCUGUUCCACCGCUUGGGAUGAGGUUCUUGGCCUUGAAGACCAGCAGAGACGCCAUCUCCAGAGGCUUCACGCUAAGGGUGUCCUGUGGAAGCAUCCACAGGAUGAUUGUACUGAGGAUUCCUCUUCCCCUAGGUCGGUGGUUUUUAGGCUCUCUCACGGUGGUGAGGUCUCUUCCGACGGGAACUGCCUGUUCACGGCGUCGCAGAAGGCUAUGAAGGCCGUGUCUGAGAUCGAUGCGAAGGAGCUGAGGCGGAGGACGGUGAAGAGGUUUCUGGAAGACUUUGGAUCUGCGACGGUAGAAGAGACUGAUGUUAUUAACGAUGCGAUUAGGCAUAUGUACGCACCAGAUCUGAGAAAUGGUUGGGGGAUUCAUGUGGUUCAGGAGGUGAAGUUAUUGGCUAAGAAAGAAGAUCGUUUGGGUCUGGAUUCCGCCAUUGAUGAGCUGGUUAAUCUUGGAAUGCAGAGAGAGCUGGCUGCUGAGUCAAUCUACAAAGAGAGAUGCCUUUGUGUGAACGAUGGGCCGAGUUGGGCAAAGUACAUGUCGAUUUCAGGUUGCUCUGAUGAUGAAUACGAUAUCAUCAAUUUACAAUACACAGAAGAGGGUCUCUUAUCUGUUGAUGAGAAUAGACAAGGCCAUGCUGCAGCUUUUGGAGAUGACAUAGCCAUUGAGUGUCUCGCCACUGAAUUUCAGCGAGAGAUUUAUGUGGUGCAAGCACAUGGAUCAGACGCAAUGGUUGAUGAAGAAAAUUGUGUGUUCUUCCUACCACACCGUCCAAGAAGCCGAAUUUGUGAACUUCCUUUCUUUCUUUUCAUGAAAGGAACAGGUUGGUGUGGAGCCGGAGCUGAUCACUAUGAGCCUCUUAUUGCCCAUCCUUGCUCUUUCGUUUCCUCAGAGAAAGUUGCCAUGGUACUAUGAGAAAGUGCAGUUUUGUUGUGGCAUAGAGAAAGACAGAUUAAGUAGAGAGUUAGCUUACAUUUAUUUGUUCCUUUCAAUGUUUGGCAUGCAGUCCAGUUCUCCCUGAUUGAUUCAAUUUUCGGGUCACUCUUGAGAGAAUUUCAAAUGCAUAAAGCUCAUUCUUUUUUUUGUUAGUCAUUAGCAGCCUUAUUAGAAUUGGUAGAAGAGCCUUUCUUUUUCCUUCCUUGAUUCUAGGCGCAGGUCUCUUUGCCUGCAUUUGAGCAAACCCAACCCAGCCCUAGAACCCGUAUACUAGUCUUAAUUGUUUCACCGGCUAUUGUUGUUGUAUUUUUGUUGAGUUUUUGGAGGGAGCUUUUCUUCUUAUUGCUUAAAAGGCUCUAUUUCGGCCAAUCUGGAAUAGUGCCAAUCAAUGUUGUAUUUCAGAGUUGUAACUCUAUGAGGAGGAAACCAGGUCCUCGAAUUCCUGGGUAUCAAUAUCACAGUAUCUCCAUUUUUCGCUUCUA